AUGGCAAAGGAGCUUGAACACACAUCCAAUGUAGGGCUUGAAGGAGCUUUGAGCAGUCCCUCUCCCUCAUGGGCUGGUGGUUUUGACGAUGAACUAAUUGCUCAUGAGAUACUGUCGAGGCUUCCGGUCAAAUCUUUAGUACGGUUUCGUUGUGUAUGCAAGUCGUGGCUUGCUCUAACCUCUGAUCCCAAAUUUGCUAGGGAGCACGCCAGCAGGGCCGGCAGCAGGUUGAAGCUGCUUGAGACAGUCAAUCCCACCAGAUCCAUAGACUUCAGAGCAAUAUUAGACGAUGAUGAUCGGGUGGAUUAUGCUGUUCUACCAGAAGUGCCAAGUUUAUGUGUCCUGGGUUCCUGCAAUGGCUUGAUAUGCCGGGAAGAAGUCGGCUUGAUUUGCCAAGAAGAAGUUGACGACGGGUUGAUAUUGCAACAAGACGAGGAAGAAGUGGAGAGAGAGGAAGAGAAAGAGGAAAAGGAAGACGAAGAGGAAGACGAGGAGAAAGAGGAAAAGGAAAACGAAGAAGAGGAAGACGAGGAGGAGAACGACGUUGAUCGUGAUCUUAUCAUAUGGAAUCCUUCUACUCAAGAUACAUACAAGUUACCCAAAAUCAAAAUAAUUUGUCGCCGCGACCGCGACUUUUAUGGAUUUGGUUAUGAUUCCACCAAUGAAGAUUACAAGGUUAUAAUAGGCCUUAACAACAGUGAAAGUGGAAGUGACUGGGAAAGUGGAAGUGACUGGGAAACUGAAAGUGACUGGGAAACUGAAAUUAGGGCUUCCAAUCUCCCAACAGCCACACUUGCAGUCUUUACAUCAAAAACAGGUUCAUGGAAGAUAGUUCAAAAUCUCAACAACGUUGGAGAGUGCUAUGGGCCGGGGCGCUUAUUGAACGGAGCUCUACAUUGGCUAGAGCACAGCUUUUCAAGAUUCACAAUCAUCUCUUUUGAUCUAGCCGAGGAGAAAUUUCAACGUUUAUUGUCACCACCCGAUAUUUGCACGACAGAAAGAACCAUUGACGUUGGGAUUGGGACGACUAUUGGGAAUUCACUCUUCCUAUAUGUUUACGAUUGGGGGCGUCAUGAAUUGCAAACAGGUAUUGCGAUAACAAUAUGGGUGAUGAAAGAAUAUGGGGUUAAUGAAUCCUGGACUAGAACUGUUCAGAUUCCUUCUUUAAGUUUAUCUCCGCAUCUUGAGUUCCGUUACAGACCGAUUUUGAUUUUAGAGAAUGGUAAAGUUUUGAUGAAGCGGAUCAGCCAUAGCACCCUGACUUGGAUUUUAGAGAAUGGUAAAAAAGUUUCGAAGAUGAGCAGCGAGAGGAGGCAGCUGGUGUUGUAUGAUCCUGAGGAAAACAGUCAAAAGGAAUAUAGACGUCUUCUUCAUGACUAUGACUAUCGCAACUCGCCCGUAUUAUACCUGGAGACUUUAGUGUCACCAAAUAUCGGUAGCUAG